UGUCUGUCUCCUCCUACAUAUAGAUGAGGAGGGAGAGGUCCGGCUCGUGCGUAUAAAUACCGGCUUCAAGACAGCAAGAGAAACUGAAUCUUUACAGGAGACCUCAUCUGUGCAGACCAGAGGAAACCCCCCUGAACCGGAUUUCAAAAUCACAUACACAAUGGCAGAUGCAAGCUUUCAACAGGAGUUCAUGAAGACCCACAAUGCCUACAGGGCAAAGCACAACACGGCGCCACUGACCCUUAAUGCCGAGCUGAACGCUGCGGCUCAGACAUGGGCCGAUAACCUGCUGGCAACGGGCUGCCUGCAGCACAGUGACACUAAGGACGGAGAGAACGUCUACUGCAAGUCGAGUUCAGCUACCCUUAACCUGACAGGGAAAGAAGCAGUGGAUUCAUGGUACAGUGAGAUCAAGGAUUACAACUGGAGCAACCCUGGAUUCCAAAGCGGCACCGGUCAUUUUACUCAGGUGGUGUGGAAAGACAGCACUGAAGUGGGCGUGGGCAUGGCCACUGAUGGCCGCAGGGUCUUUGUGGUUGGGCAGUACCGGCCAGCUGGCAACAUGAACAUGUCCGGCUACUUUGAGAAAAAUGUACUCCCACUAGCUGGCAGCGAGGUGGGUGGAGCACAGAACACUGCCGGUGAAGGAGAUGGAGUGCACCCAAGAAUAACCUGCACCCUGCUGUAGAUGACCUUGACCCUUCCUGCAACCCCAGCCCCACGACACCGAACACCAUGUCUUGAGUCAGAAUGCUUUAAAAUGUUAUUGAGGUUUAAUAUAAAGGUGUAAUCAAUCAAUCAAUCAAAUCAAUGUGGAAUUAUAUGUUACAGAAUGUGUCUCAGGAUGGCAUAAUGAAAUUCAGAUAUAGUUAUUUUAUGAUACUUAUAAACCAAAUAAAAACUGAUUUAUUCAUGAAAAGAAAUUACUGCUUACCUUACUUACUAACCCUGCCUUGAAAUAUUGAUGAAAUUGCACAAGAUUACAGCAGGAGGUAGCUGCACAGUGGAAAUAAAUAUAAUUGCACA